GAAUGGCAAUUGUGCACAAAUUUAAAUUUGCGGAAAGCUUUUUUGAAGGGUGUUUUCGUACUGGAAUUAAUUAAUGUUUCGCCUAAUCCAAUAAAGACCGAAAAGCAGUAGCUAUGUGGAUGUUACAAGCAUUACUGGGCCAAUCAACGGAGCUAAAAUGCUGCACACCGAAUCCCUGCCCACCGCUGGCCACCAGGGCAUCUAUGCGCCACUAAGUCAGGCGAUGAGCGAUUCCGAGUCCGACGAGGAGAUCGAGAUCCACAACGCCGCCAAUCUUCGCCAGAAAUUGCAGCAGAAACUGCAGACCCAUCAGAAUCCGCAGCAGAAUCCUCAGCAGGAGCAGUCCCAACGGAUACGCAUUCCACCGAACACGCUGGCCCUGAAAUCGCCACACACCCGAGCAGCACCCACCGCCACCAGGAUUGUGACGCGUCACCCGGCCGCCAAUCCUGGCCAGAAAUUCCAACUGGAGGGCAGCACCUACGCCACCAACAUGCAGAACACCUUCCGCUCCGUCAUGUUGAGCAGCGACAAUGGGGCAGUGGGCUCCGAGUUGUCCCAGUUCAACAGUGAAUUCGACUCGAAUGCGGAUAAUGUGGCCAUUUUGGGUGGUAAUCCAACUGGCGAGGAUUUGCCGGGCAAAAGGACACCCAUGUCGGUGGCCAGAAAAGGCUGCUUCAUCGCCAGCCUGCUGCUCUGCUUCCUUGCCGUCGUCUCCUUUGUGUGGCUAGUGCCCUGCGGCAAUCCCGAUGGCACCGGAUCCUGUCCAGCCGUCGGAGAUCGGGUGAGGACCCACAACUGGUUCAAUAACUACACCAAGGCGGAGCUCAAGGGCGGCGUCAAUGUGGUGGGCGGUCUGCGGUCGUGGGAGAACAACCUGAUCUUCAUGUACCGCGGCGAUGCCUUCUUUCCGGAAUCCCGGCCAGGCAACGAGCGGCGCAACGGGAUCAUCUGCCUGAUUGGCUCCUCGGGAGCGGUGGCCUGGUUUGUGGAGAUGGUGGACGAACCGGUGGCCCUGGACUGCAGCCUCAUCGACGUGGAUGGCAAUGGGAAGUCGGAUUGCCUGGUCCUCGACGAACAUGGCGAACUGGGGGCCAUUAAUCCGGUUUCCGGCGAGUGGCUGUGGUGGUUCAAGGAGCGUUCCGCCCGCAAGGUGGAUGCCUAUGACUUUCCCGUGAUUCUACCCGAUCUAGAUGCCGAUGGCGUGCUGGAUCUGCUGCUGGUGACCAGUUUAUCCCUGGAACAGCGCACCAAAUCGCUGGCCCAGCUGAAGCACGAGUCCAUGGCGCAACUGGAAGCCCGCAAUGUGCUGCGCCUGCUGUCGGGCAGGCGGGGAGCUCCCAUUGGCGAUGGCUUCCGCAUCCACGAUUGCGACAGGCUCUGUAACCUAAAACUCGAGGCGGGCAACGUGAGCUUCACCUGCCAGCGGAUAAACGGCACGGAGCAGCAGAGGUCCAAGAGUCUGGCGGAGAUUUAUGCCCUGAUUACCAACAAAUCCAUUGUUGGCCAGCGGCUGGCCAGCUCGAAGAUAGCGCAACACAGGAAUCACGGCCAGCGACGCGAAUUGGAUGCCCAGAGGAACAUCUACUCCUUGAGCGGUCGCGAACUGGUGGUGGAGAACCGUGGACGCUGUCCGGAGGAUUGCAAUGUCACCUUUGUCCUAACCGAAGUCCGCGAAGGCAGGCCGCAUGUGGUGCAGAAUUACAGCCAGAGUGGAAUGUAUGGAAUGGCGCCCACCCAGUGGCACUUCAAGGACACCAAGAUGUCCGGCUUUGUGAUGAAGUUCUGGAAGUGGCAUGGCCUGGUUAAGCCAUCUAAACAGUCCUCUUCCUCCUCCGCCAGCAGCAAUAAUAAUGUGCAGAAAAGUGCCAGCAACAAUCACACGAAGAACAUGAAUGCCAUCAAGGAUAAGGAGAAGGCUCAGAAGAAACAGCAACAUCAAAGGCUGCGGAGGAGCACGAAGGCAGCGGAGGAUCACCAGGAGUUCGAUGUCUUCAGGCACGUUAAGCAAAAGAGGGAAUCCUUUGGGUUGCCCUUCAAAAACCAGACCAAAUCCGGGGGAAUCUCCACCGGCAGCUACAAAAUGAACAUGAUCACGGAGAGCGUGCUGCUAGUAAAAUUCGUGGGCGCAGAUACCCGCAUCGAGAACACCUCGCAGAGCAACAUCAUCCAGUUCUGCCGGCACGAACGCAAGGAGAUGGUCUGCCAGCCGGAUCUGAACAACCAGGAUCACUCGAUGCUCAUCGCCGAUCUGGACCAGGAUGGUUCCCAGGAGCUGGUCACCUACAUGUCCACCUUCGUGCAUCCCGAGGAUCAGCCGCUCGGCGAGUGGAAGCUGCUGACCUACGUGCGACUGUUGCGCCUCCAGGCGGAGCUGGAAACGGUGGAGCCUCGCAAAUAGGCAGGAUAAAUCUGAAGAGGAUUAUAGUGCAUUUAGCCAGCCGGAAGUGAGCUGUCAGACCCGAGUAGCAGUUUAAUCUAGUUGCAUGCAUUACAUUGUACAUUAUUAGAAACCUUUUCUAGACUCCCAUAAUAAAUCAGUAAACAAAUGGAA